AUGUUAUUAAAGUUUUUGUCUUUUCGACUACCUUCCUUAACUUUUAUUCCAUCACGGUCGAACACUGUUAAUUUUUUUCAACGGCGAAAUGAAGAUGUUCUUUGGAGAACUGUGACAAAUAUUACAAAAUAUGGUGCGCGUAAAGGUCGCGGGAAAACUCGCCAGCCAUAUCGUCGUUUGAGUGAUUAUUAUAAAAUUGGAACACUCAAAUCAAGUCAAUCGCGUUUGCGCGAUGAAACCAGGAGUUGGACGAGACUAUGCUAUUCGCUCUGCUGUCUUUAUAGGAAAUGGAAAGGGCAUUGGAGGGCGCCUGUUUUUCAGUCAAACAAAGCUGUUGCAAAUGCUAUAAAAAUUGCUUCUCGUAAACUUUUUUACAUCGAACGGUUUGAAGAUAGAACUAUUUAUCAGGACUUCUUUGGAGAAUAUCGAAGUACUCGAGUUUUUGCGCAAAGACGGGAGCCUGGUUAUGGAGUGAUUGCUCAUCCAAGGAUUAGAAAAAUUUGUGAGCUUUUGGGAAUCAAAGAUCUUUAUGUACGCACAGAAGGCAGUACUACAAAUUACAUAGGAAUUGUUUACGCUUUUGUUACUGGUCUAAUUCAUCAAGAAUCUCAUAAACAAUGUGCUGACCGAACUCGCCUUCAUGUUGUUGAAUUAAAUCCUAAUCGAAUGUUUUUUCCAAAGAUUGUGGCAUCACCAGUUAAUACUCCUGUUAAACGUGACGAAGAAGUUACACCGAUUGAGCGAAUGCGUUUGGAAGAUUUUUAUGGCGAAGGUCGUUUCCCUCAGCAUUAUGGAAAAUACAUUCUGAGUUAUAGAAAUCACAUUGGCCACCUGAACGCUGAAUGGAAAAGGCAUCCUUACCGAAACAUGGAGAAGAGAAUAAUCCGUUUCUUGGCUGAUGGUGAAGUUAAUCGAUGGACUCGUAGGGAACGAAAAAAAUGGUCAGAUCGUCAACAUGAGAUGGUGACUAAUGGGCAAAAGCCUUUGCCGUUGGGUAUUGGACUUCCUGAUUGGAUUCCGAUGGAAGGAGAGGACGAUGUAUUUUUGGGAUCUUUGACCGACCUAAUGCCGCCGACCGACUUUUAUGAUGAUCAAAACAAUGGUGAUGCAGGAUUUGACUCGUCGCAAAAAGAACUUGAAAAAGAGUUAAAUGUUUCAAAUUAA